AUGCACCUCAACAAGUCGCGUUUCUACAGUUGGUUAAGCAAAUUUCUGGUCCUCAAUGGCCUGCACACCUUCUACUUCAGCUUCAAGCUGCAGAGAUUGGUGGACUCACGCAUGCUGCGGGCAUAUAAUCUGAUCCACCACUUUCUUUGUGUGAUGGCUGUGGUGCGAAUGCUCUACAUUUCGCACGAGAAUCCCCGGGUUUGUAUCUCCACCCUGACAAUGUGCGGCACUACCGCCUGCAACAUCGUAACAUGCUGGCAGGGGCGGCACCUCAGGAAGGUCUUCAAGCAACUGCUUCAUCUGGAUAAGAAAUACUUUAAGGGUCAGCCGAGUGGCUACCCGCUGAAUAUCCGAUACUACAUGAAGAUGCUGCUCGUCGUCAUCACUCUGACGCGGAUUCACAUCUUUUAUCCUAUCUACAUGAAGUCGGUGUUCUCCUCCCUGUUCGUGUUGAAUGUGGUCUCGUACUGGCUGCUCUAUAACAUGCUCCUGGCAGCCGUCCUGGAGUUCUACAGCGUGCUGUGGCAGAUGUGUCGCAACUAUAAGCUGAUCAACGACCAAAUGUCGCAGCUGCUGGCCAGGUCAAGGCAGAGGAACAGAGCGGUCAAGAUGAGGCGGUGGCUGCAUCUCUACUCGAAGAUGCUGCGGAUCACCCAGCAAGUGUGCCGCCAAUACGAGAACUGUGCUAUCUUUGUGCUGGCCUGCAAAAGCUGGUUCCAGAUUACCUUCGGCUAUGAGAUAUUCGUGAUGCUGGCCGCCCCAAAGUCCCUUGACUUGAGCCUUUCCAUGCGGAUCUUUGUCAUACUCAGCUAUCUCCUGGACGCCUUCAAUCUCUACUUUGGCACCGAUAUUGCGGAGCACUUUACCCAACUGCGAGAGGAUUCUUUGCGUAUUAUGCGGGAGACAACCCGAAUGGAUCGCUUGCUUUCCGUGUUCACGCUGGAGCUAUCGCUGCAUCCCAAGCGCAUUGAAUUUCUCAAUGUCUUUGCCUUUGACCGAAAGCUGACUCUGACCGUCAUGGCCAAGUCAAUGCUGUACACAAUCUGCUGGCUGCAGGCCGACUACAUGACUCUGAAGCGUUGA